GUAGUGAUGGUGGCGGCAGCGAAGAUGGGCCGGGCAGGGACCAUGGCGGUGGCAGCAGAGGUGGCAGGGGCGGGGCGGCUGGCGGUAGAGGAGGCUGUGGUCCUCAGGGGGCUGUAGGUGGAGGCAUGGCUCAGGCCAGCAGCGGGAACGGCAGCGCGGAGGCCUGGGGGGCACUUCGGGCAUCUCAACAGCAGCUUCGAGAGCUGUGCCCAGGAGUGAACAACCAGCCCUACCUCUGUGAGAGUGGUCACUGCUGUGGGGAGACUGGCUGCUGCACCUACUACUAUGAGCUCUGGUGGUUCUGGCUGCUCUGGACUGUCCUCAUCCUCUUUAGCUGCUGUUGCGCCUUCCGCCACCGACGAGCUAAACUCCGGCUGCAACAACAGCAGCGGCAGCGUGAAAUCAACUUGUUGGCCUACCAUGGGGCAUGCCAUGGGGCUGGUCCUUUCCCUACUGGUUCACUGCUUGACCUUCGCCUCCUCAGCACCUUCAAGCCCCCAGCCUACGAGGAUGUGGUUCACCGCCCAGGCACACCACCCCCGGCUUAUACUGUGGCCCCAGGCCUCCCCUUGACUGCUUCCAGCGAACAAACCUGGUGUUCCUCCUCAUCCAGCUGCCCUGCCCACUUCGAAGGAACAAAUGUGGAAGGUGUUUCCUCCCACCAGAGUGCCCCCCCUCAUCAGGAGGGUGAGCCUGGGGCAGGGGUGAGCCCUGCCCCCACACCCCCCUCCUGUCGCUAUCGCCGUUUAACUGGUGACUCCGGUAUUGAGCUCUGCCCUUGUCCUGCCUCCGGUGAGGGUGAGCCAGUCAAGGAGGUGAGAGCUAGUGCCACCCUGCCAGAUCUGGAGGACUAUUCCCCUUGUGCACUGCCCCCAGAUUCUGUACCGCAGGUCUCUCCCAUGGGGCUGUCCUCCAGUGAAGGGGACAUCCCAUAAGUAGUUUUGAGAGGGUGGGUGGGUUACUUGCCCACCAGAAACAGCCCUAGUCCCACCUCCUUGCAUUCCCUUUGGCCCCUUCCUGCCUACCUAGAAUCUGCCUGAAAGGGCUGGAGCCCUGAAGAGAGGGGCAGUAUUUGGGGGACUGUGCUAGCUUUACCCCCGCAAGACAUCAAGACAUAUACACAGGAGCCUUUGAUCUCAUUAAAGAGAUUUGAACCAGC